CUGAGACUACAAAGGCAACUGGAACAACUGAGAUAUGUCUGUGUUUAUCAGAGUGACAGAAAAUGGACAGAAGAAGAGAGAAAGAAAAUGCAGAAAUCUGCUCUACUGACUAAAAAGAAAAUCUCAGAACUGGAGAUUCAGCAGAAAACUGAGUUAGCAAAAAAAAACAAAGAGCUUGAAGAGAAAGAGAGUCUUCUAACUGAGAGAGAGACACAGCUAAUGGAAAGAGACAAACAGCUUCAGGAGAAAGACAGACUUCUGACAGAAAAUACACAAACACUGCAGAUGAAGGACAAGACACUGGAAGAGAAGGAGAAACAGCUCAGAGAGAUGAAUAUGAUGCUACAAAAAAAUCAGACACAGUUGAAGGAUAAAGAGAGACAACUGGAAAGUGUGGUGAAAGAACUGGAAACCAGUAAAAACAAGCUAACAGAAAGAGAUGAACAGCUUCAGGAGAAAGACAGACUUCUGACAGAAAAUACACAAACACUGCAGAUGAAAGAUGAGACACUGGAAGAGAAGGAGACACUGCUCAAACAGACAAGAGCUGAACUGGACAACACAAUGAAGGAAUUUGAAGACAGUCAGAGACACAUGGAGGAGAAAAACACACAACUAGAGAAUCUGAACAAACUGCUGAGGGAAAAAGAAACACAGCUGAAGAACACAGAUAAAGAGCUGGAAACCAGUACAAAUCAACUGGAGACACUGGGACAGGAACUGCAGGACAAGCAGAGACAACUAGAGGACAUGAUGAUCGUAGUGGAGCAACAGAAAACUGAGUUAACAGAAAAAAACAAAGAGCUUGAAGAGAAAGAGAGUCUUCUAACUGAGAGAGAGACACAGCUAAUGGAAAGAGACAAACAGCUUCAGGAGAAAGACAGACUUCUAGAGGAGAAAACAAAGCAGCUGCAGGAACAAACAGAUCCAGAAUCAUCAGCCCCCAUCAGGAGAAGACACAGCAAGGAAGAGUUUCCUCCAAAUAUGAGUGGAGAGACUCAGGACUCAGCACCAAUCAGGAGAAGAAACAGUAUGGAUGGAGAUCGUCCAACAUUGGGUGGAGAAUCAUCUAGUCCUCAUUCUCCAGUGUCGGUUCCUGUAGCAGAACUGAGGCUGGUGCUGCUGGGGAGGACGGGAUCUGGAAAGAGUGCAUCAGGAAACACCAUCCUGGGCAGAGAGGAGAAGAACCAGGCUGCUACAUCUACAGCUACAUCUACAGUCACCCAGCAGAGUGAGAGCACACAGGGGGAGGUGACUGGGAGGAAGGUGACUGUGGUGGACACUCCUGACUGGUUCUCUCCUGAACUCUCUCUGGAGAAGCUGAGACAGGACGUGGGACUCUGUGUCCGUCUGUCUACUCCAGGACCCCACGCCUUCCUCCUGGUCAUACCUGUAAAGCAGCCUACUGGAGAGGAGAGAGGGAUGCUGGAGAAAAUGGAGGAGAUCUUUGGAGAGAGAUGUUGGAGAAACACCAUGAUCAUAUUCAGUGUUACUGAUGAACUUCAGAAGAAGAACAUUGAGGAGUUUAUUCAAUCAGGAGACCAGGAGGUCCAGAGACUUGUAGAGAAAUGUGGGAAAAGGUUUCACUGUCUCAACAUUAAGGAGAGUGGAGAUGAUUCUCAGGUCUCAGAACUGCUGGAGAAGAUAGAGAAGAUGGUGGAAGGAAGUAGAAAGAACUUGAGGAGGAGCUGAAACGAGAGGUAGAGCAAAGGACAGAAAUGGAAGAAGAGGUGAAGAAACUAAAAGAAGAGAGAGAUAGAGAGAGAGUGGAGACGGACGGAGGAGAGACACAAACAUCAAAAUCAUCCUGCCUUAAAAAGAAAUAUUUUGGCCUCAAACAUAAAGAUGCAGGAAGAUUUCAGCAGACAGAUGGAGGAGAAGAACAGAGAGCUGACGAUUCUUAAACAGAAACAUUCAGAGCUCACAGAAUAUCUCAGACUGAGAGAAGAAGUCUAUCAGAAAACAGUGAUGAGUUUAACGGAUCAGAACCAGCAGCAGGUUUAAGCUGAAUUUACACUGCAUGUAUGACUUUGGCCUCAGUUUUGCUGUUGCAGGGAAAAAUCACACAUCGGGACAGAAUUCUUUUAUCAUGACUUGAGAUCAGUGUUCUUAUAUUUCAUAACAUGACGUGAUCACUAGAGGACAUUUUUGUGACAUUUGUAAAGAAUGACAGUUGCUGAUAAAGUUCUGACAUUGUGAGAAAUUUGCUGAUAAAAUGUCUGUGUGAGUGCUGCUGUGAUGCUCAUCUAAAACUCACCAAUAGAAGGGUUUUGGAUUAUACCAAAUGUCGAAUGCAAAUUGAUGCUUUUUUAAAAACAAAUAUUUCUAGUGCAAGGAUAACGAUAAACUGAUUUUAUGUAAAAAGACUUUUAAAAAACUACAAUUUAUAAUGGAAGACAGAACAAAAAGCAUUUUGCCUACGUUUGAGAUAAAGAUGUUCCUUAAGUUUUCCACCUCAGGGAAUGUCUUGAGUUCAGAAGGUUUCUCUGUGAUGUGACUGCAGUGUUUUCCAUUUCUUAGCUUCAAGACAGAGAAAGGAGAGAGAGACUGAUGAAGGAACCACAUAUCUAUAGGUGUUAUAAGUAAUAACAAGAAAUAAAUUGUUUCUCAGACAUUCUAUAGCAUUACAUGUUAAACUAAAUGGGGAAAAGAAACGUGUGUCAUUCUUUAAUCAAUAAACACUAAGAAUUUUUGUAAUAGUAAAAAAAAAAAAAUCAGCUUCCAGGUGAAAACAGUAACCCAAUCAUUAAUUGUUUUCCUCUAACUGCACACCCCCAAGUGUUUUAUUCCAUUAUGGUGUUAAUUGAUAUAAUGAUAUAAACACAGGAAGUGAAAUCAUGUAGUUACACUUUUCCAGUGUUUAAUAAUGUUUUAGUGUCACUUUUACUUCGCUUAGCUCACUUCUCCUGGUGUCUGGUUCUGCUUCUUAAUUCAUGCCUAAUUUCUAUAAUAGAAACAGAGCAGCUGAAUGAGUGACAUAUUUCGACAUACUUUAUAAGUGUAAUAUAUUAUUAAUGAAAGUUCUAUGGAAUGUUUUGUAUUUGGAAAUGUAAAGAAUAAUUGUAAUAAAUGCCUCCACCAGUAGAGGUCAACAAGU